AUGACCUCCCACGCCUCAGCCCAGUUCCCCACUCUCAGAUCUGCAGCAGCUUGGCCAGAGCCCUUCAGACCCCCUCCCUCGAUGCCUCAAGACCCCACGCAGGUGGCGAGGCAUCUGGAUUUAAGUGGAAGCAGGAAGCCGCGCAGGGGGAGCGCAGCCAGAGAGGAAGAGGCGGCCUCUACAAGCUGGACCGGUCUUUGUCUCCUAGCGACCAGGCUCUGGGUUCAGUUCCGGUCUCCAUUGUUUCGUCUCCUCUGCUCCAAGAUCUCCUGGGUGACUCUACCACGGCCCCGUUAUCCUGUGACCUGCGAGUACUGGGAGAUCCCUAGGGAGGACUCCAAAACAUCCAGAGGCUGGAAAAUGGGCGUGUUGACAUUCAGGGAUGUGGCCAUAGAAUUCUCUCCAGAGGAGUGGGAAUGCCUUGAUUCUGCCCAGCAGCAUUUGUAUGGGGAUGUGAUGUUAGAGAACUACAGAAACCUGGUGUUCCUGGGUCUUGCUGUCACGAAGCCAGACUUGAUCACCCAUCUGGAGCAAGAAAAAGAGCUCUGGAAUGUGAAGAGACAGGAAACAGUAGCCAAAUACCCAGAGAUAUUGCCAAGGCAGAACAUAAAAGAUUCAUCUAAAAACGUAAUACCAAGAAAAUAUGAAAGCUGUGACCUUGAUAAUUUAUGCUUAAAGAAAGUCUGGCAAGAUGUGAAUAAUUGCAAGGGGCAGAAAAGUAGUUAUAAUUACCUUCAGCAGUGUUUGUCACCCAUCCAUAGCAAAACAUGCCAAUGCAAUAAAUGUGGCAAAGCUUCUCAGUGUCACUCAAUUCUUACUAAAGAUAAGAAAAUUUGUAGCAGAGAGAAACCCUACAGUUGUGAAAAAUGUGGCAAAACCUGUAGGUCAUUGUCAUGCUUUAUUAGACAUGAGAGAGCUCAUACUAGAGGGAAACGCUACAAAUGUGAAGAAUGUGGCAGAGCCUAUAAACGCUCCUCAAAACUUAAUAGACAUCAGAGAAUUCAUACUGGAGAGAAACCCUACAAAUGUGAACAAUGUGGCAAAGCCUUUACUCGCUCCUCAAUCCUUGCUACACACAAACUGAUUCAUACUAGAGAGAAACUCUACAGAUGUGAAGAAUGUGGCAGAGCGUUUACCCACUCUUCAGCUCUUACAAGACACAAGAGAAUUCAUACUAGAGAGAAACCCCACAAAUGUGAAGAAUGUGGCAAAACCUUUACCUACUCCCCAAACCUUAUUAAACACAAGAAAAUUCAUACUGGAGAGAAACUCUGCAGAUGUGAAGAAUGUGGCAGAGCGUUUACGCACUCUUCGGCUCUUACAAAACACAAAAGAAUUCAUACUGGAGAGAAACCCUACUAUUGUGAAGAAUGUUGCAGAGCCUUUAAAAGCUUCCCAGACCUUACUAAACAUAAGAUAAUGCAUACUUUAGAGAGACCAUACAAAUGUGACGAAUGUGGCAAAGUCUGUAGGUGGUUCUCAGAAUUUAUAAAACAUAAGAGAAUUCAUGCUGGAGAGGAACCCUAUAAAUGUGAAGACUGUGGCAAAGGCUUUAUGUAUCCCUCAGACCUUUCCCACCAUAAGAGAGUUCAUACUGGAGAGAAACCCUACAAAUGUGAUGACUGUGGCAAAGCUUAUAGGUGGUCCUCAGGUUUUACUAGACAUAAGAGAACUCAUACUGGAGUAAACUAUGCACGUGUGAAGAAUGUGGCACAGUCUUUUCCCACUUCUCAACCCUUUUAACCACAGGAGAAUAUAUACUGGAAGGCAACCUUAAAAUGUGAGGAAUGUGGCAAAGUCUUUAAGUGUUUCUCAGCCCUUACUAAACAUAAGAGAAUGAAUAAUGAAGAGAAACUACAGGUAUUAAAAAUGUAAAAAAGCCUUAAGCAGGUCUUCAAUUUUUUUUUUAAUAUAUCAGAACAAAUAUGAUGUAAGUGGAAUCACUAUCAAAGGAUAUUUAACAAAAGACUUAGAGUAUACAAUAAUUCUUUUAUUAUUUAUGAACCUUACAAAUAGAGAGGUACAGUACUUCUACUUACAUUAUAGAUUUUAUUAUACACAGAAAAAUUUAAGCAAGAGGAAAACCUUAUAAGAGUUCC